AUGGUAACUGUAUUGGCCACAGGGUACAAAGGAGUUAUCACCUCCCUGUUAUGUAACGUACCGCUGGGCGGAGAGCUUCUCCAUUACGAGUCCGCAAAGGACGUUUCUGAAAGAUUGCCUGGCGUUUGCUUCCUAAACUAUCCAGAAGAAGGCCUGCUAGAUUGGUAUGCGCGCUCCGGAGAAGCAAAAAAUUAUAAGAAACCCCAGCAUUUUGACUGCUUAGACAAAUCAGGAAAUCUCCGAGUGAGAGGGGGCACGCAUACCAUUAUCGUUUACAGGCCUAGUUGCGACAAGGCUGCGAGUCUCAAGGACGAGCUGUUUCGUAGCGGCUUCGUUGAGACCGACGCGAUCUUCUCACCCGUAAUCACGGGACCUCAGAUAAGAUCAAGUUCGCCCUACUUCAAAUCGAUAAACAAACUCCUCGGCCGUGUUUUCGAAGCCGGUCUGUUUGAACAUGCGGAACGAAUAGCGAAGUUUAAGAGUAGGGUUAGGCGUGAAUUCAAGUACGAACGGCCCUCGGAGACCGGAGACGUAGCACUGGAACUGAGUGACCUCCGGCCCUGCUUUGUCAUCUGGGUGGUCGGAGUCGUCUUCAGCUUGCUGACUUUCGCAGUUAGUCACGUGAUCGCCCGCUUUCGCUCACCGCACAUUCGCAUGACUCGGCAUACUGUUCUCCAGACCUGA